AUGGCCACCAACACCGUGUAUACCAGCUCCUCAGUAGCAAAAGCAACGCCCUCGUCUACACCUCCAAGAACCACGCCCAUCCGAAUACAGGUGGACUCCCCACACAGUGAACUCUCCUCUCCUAGCUUACUGCCGAUUCACAAUUUCUCAUCUCCGGUAAUGAUCGAUUAUGACGACCUUGGUGAGGAAGACAGUCUUUCUCCGCUCGAUCCUCGGCGCUUCACCCCAACGCUGCAUGCCUCUUUGGUUUCAGAAAUCCUAUCGCUCCGGCGAGAUGUGGAAAAUAAACUGAAGGCGAUUGAGAAUCUGGAGCAUACAUUGGACGAAUCGCGCACAGAGAAUGAAAGCCUUAGUGAGCGGCUCUCAAAGAGCCUGAAAGAGUCUCGCUCGCUCAAGCAGCAGCUGCAGCUUUUAGAAGGUGGUUCGUCCUCCGCUAUUAGUGAGAUAGCUAAGGAGAGGGACCAAGCAUUGGAAAAUAUUGCGGAUGUUCGCAAGAAAUUGGAGCAAGCACAGAAGAAGGCUCGCACUCGCGAAGAGGAAGCAGAAAGAACAGUGCAGCUGUGGGAUCGGGACAAGGAUACCUGGGACGGGGAACGCAGAAAUCUAGAACGUAAGAUCCAUGUGGUUGAAGGUCGUUUGAAGGUGGUCUUGAAUGAAAUGGCUGCAGCACAGGAAGCACGCUCUUUUCAUCUCAUCCAGGAAAGAGAACGCAUAUCAGGAGCCAAAGAUGAGCUUGCAGGAAAGGGUAGUGAUACAGCAAGCAUCGCCUCAAGCAGCGAAGGACGCCGCCGGACAAGCAUUACGAGUGUGAGCACCGAGAACUGUGACGAAUUCGAUUACCACAAUGUGCGCUACUCCAUGGCAAGCAUUACCAACCUCCCUGGUGGCAAGGGCGAAGGAUUGAAUCUAGCACAAGAGCUUGCUUUUGAUGAAGAUGACGGAUUUCAGUCUUUCGACCAUCGCUUCAGGCCUGAUUCUCCCGAAGCUCUGCCAGAGGAGCGGCCUGCCUCGGUACAUUCCCAGCUAUCUAGUACGAUAAGCAUGGGGGCCAAGGCAAGGAGAAUCCUCGGGCUUUCCCUUGGUAGCAUGGAUGGUUAUGGUGUCAAGAAUGAAGUGGCAUCGGAGCCUGGAAGCCCUCUCAAAUUCUCUUCAGAGACAUAUGUGUAUCAAGACACAGGGGUGCAGUAUUCGCCGCCGCCAUCACCUACACUGCAUUGUCCAUCUAAAACUGACUCCUCGACCCAUGCUCCGGAUGAAAGUGAGAGUGAAAAAACUGGGUGUAUGUGUCAAAUGAAGAAUAGAAGUACAACACUCACCAUUGAUAUGGUAUCGGCUUCUUGUCAAACCGUCGGAGGCCUUCCCACACCUCCUUGGACACCUAAAUUAGACGAAGUCUACACGUCCAAACCGAUUUCGAUGGUCUCAUCUUCCAUGCAGACCGUUGAGGUUCCAGCUGUGGAAACAGUCGAACGGGGGGCCGCUGUGUCCGAUGUCGAGAUGAAUUCGUCGGGGCUCGAGAUCCCAAUGAUCGCAAUACACCCUCCUUGCUCCGAACCACCUUCUCCCCGGGGUAGCGUAAUGCUGCCGCCACAAACCAAGAGCGUCUCUUGCCAAGCCAAUCUUAGUUCUGGGGUCGAAUGUCGAACGAUUGGUGUUCAAACAGAGGUGAUAAGAAUUAGCCAACAGCCGAUAAAGUUACCGGCGAGCCUCCUCCCAUCAGCUAUACCAGACCUGCCGCUUUGCGAACUCACCGAGGAUUUUCCCGUUCAGCCGUACUGCCCACCGCCUCCGCGGUCCAAGAAGAGAGAAAGCAAGACUACUCCAAAAAUUGAGCCUCUUGAGACAGUGCAAGCUUAUCCAGGCAACAACGACAACGGACCUUUGGCUGAUGGAUUCGAAAAUGAGCUCAGGCGGCCGGUUCGCUCGAGUAGCCUCUUUGCUGGUUUUGAACAGGGAAGCGACGAUGAAGUACCAGACAAAGCUAACGACGCUCUCACUGAUGAUGAUCUUCUCAACCGGCCGUUUGCUUCUUAUACGCUCAAAAGAGGCAAGCUGGUCUCAACACAAUGUGGCCCAAGCUUGGAUGGAGGAGUUCUGGCCGAAAUCGAUGAGCAUAGGUUGGAGACAGAGGCUCGCUCCCCUGGCCUGCCUCUGGACUAUGAACCUAAAGAUAGGCCUGGGUCCUCUUGGAGUCAACGAAUGGGGCAGGGUCUGCGACAACAAAAUUUCCGCAAAGCAGCCAUGAUCUCCAAUGGAGCUGCAGCUCAUCAGAAGACCCGUGCUAGAAGUCCCAGUGAGACCGGUGUUGACAACGUUAGUGUGAGCGGGGCGUCCAAUAUUGCCCCUCCCAUUCCUGUGCCAAUCCGGCUCAGUUCAAGGAAAUUCCCCGCCCGUCGAGACGAUGGUCAGCAGAGUAUAACACCUCCCAAUGAUCGAAUGGUUCCCGAUCGCGGACGUACGCAGAUGAUGCGGCGUCCAACUCUCCGGCGCGUUCGGUCGGCGGCUGCGAUGACACAGAUAGAACGGCCUGAAAGCCGAUCUUCGCCCACGUCUAUUUCGACCUACAGUCCUGAUAGUCCACGGCACUCUGGUCUUCCGUACGAUGACAUCACAGCUCCUUCCGGAAGUCGAGCCAUCCAGCGGCGCUCAGCUUUUGUUCCUUCAGCAUCUCGCACCUUUCGGCAUGGACGACAAGAUUCUACCGCUACCUCUGUCCAGCCCACGAGCGUUGUCGAUGCUAUCGCACAAACCAUGGUCGGAGAAUGGAUGUACAAAUAUAUUAGGAGAAGGAGAUCGUUUGGGGGUGUUGGGGAGGCUAAAGAGAAUUGGCAAGGACGCAGUGCUGAUGAAGUGUCGGCGAACAUCACCAACAGCGGUGUCAGGCACAAGCGCUGGGUCUGGCUAGCACCGUACGAGCGAGCCGUAAUGUGGAGUAGCAAGCAGCCAACGAGCGGGCCAGCGCUGCUGGGCAAGAAUGGCCGCAAGUUGACCAUUCAGUCUGUUUUGGAUGUCAAGGACGAUAACCCGCUGCCAAAAGGAUCCAACGCACAGAGCCACUUUAAUCGAUCCAUUCUUAUUUUGACGCCGCAACGUGCCCUCAAGUUCACGGCUACGAGUGUUGAGCGACACUAUGUCUGGUUGACCGCAUUGUCCUUCCUGAGCCAUUCUCCUAGGGGGAUUCAUGAUCUGGCUGCCCUGCCUCCAGUGCCACAGGAUGAAGGCGCUGCACCUGCCCCGUCGCCUUCGCUUCGCCGCAACCCGAUCCGGGACUCGAUUCGGAUCGCCAAGGGUCGGCCCCGUCCCCGACCAAAGGCCAAGCGGUCUUUCCUCGGUCUGGUCGAACCCGUUCCUGAGCUUCCUACUGGGCUUGCGUCUACUCCGUCGAUGGAUGCUGCUGAUCCGCCGACGGUGCCACGGUUUUCGAAUCAUUCACGAAAGAGAAGCAACACUACGCCACGGAUACCGAUGAUUCGGAGCUUCUCCAGCCAGGGCUCAAUACCGUCAGUGGAAUCGACACGAGGCUCUUCAGAUACGUACAACGGUCCAACUUACGGGCCAGGACCACGCAGCACGCGGAGCAGCGGCAGCCGACGUACGUCGGAGACUAGCGCGAGAACUGGGAAUUUCUUUGACGCGAUCGGAACUGUUCGCAUGGAGGCAUUUAUCGAUCAAACGAAUAAGAACCCAGGGCCUCGGUCUGCCCGACACAGUCGGAAAGCAUCCAACGCAUGGAGCACAACCCAUGAUCCAGGUUCGCCCCAUGGCGUCGGUGGCGAGCCUAGCCCCCGUGUCGAUCCCUUUGUGGAAUUCUGAGCAAGCAGCGACAGCACUCUCCCUUCUUACCCUCUCGACUAGACGAUAGCAGUCUUCUACUGAUCGAUUCAUUGUAUGCACUGCUUUUCCCGAUUUCAGCGUGUCCUAUCUACGGGCGUCAUAGCGUCUUUGAUACCACCUCUUACCGCACUUUUCAAGAU